AUGGCCUCCCUCGGAAGAAGACUAUCCAAGCGCCUGAGCAUGUUCUCUACCAAGCGCAGAUCUACGGCUGAGUCCGUGGUAUCAUACUCGAGCCUCUCGACGUCGCUCUCCGAAGUGCCGGCGGAGAACAACGAGCGCUUCGACAAGGACCUCUGGCUUCCGGCGCAGAUGGACCUGAAGGACCCUCGGCUGGACCUCCCGCGCGGCGGGCUGCCGAAGUCGGGCCCGGAGUGGUACGAGGCACUGGACGAGGACACGGCGACGUGGACCCCCGACGUCUUCUACCGCGGGCUCGACAUCUCGAUCCGGGAGUACCUGGACGCCGAAGCGGACCUGGUGGAGCUCCUGCACGACGCCGACGCCGACGGCAUCCCGUGGUGCACCAAGGAGUGGACGUACACGGUGACGGUGCGCACGCGCUACAUCCACGACCGGCUGCGGGCGAGCUACGACUGGCUCGGCGACGAAGAGGGGCUGCAGCGGCGCGGCGUGCCGUCGUGGUUCGUCGAGGACGGGCUGAGCGGGUGGAUGGAGAGCCGCGCCCGCGAGAUGCGCGAGAACCCCGAGUUCUGCAAGUACAUCAGGAAGGAGCCGCGGGCCUGGGUCGCCCGCACCCAGGACAAGCGCAUCGAUUCCUUCCACGCCGACCUGGACGAGAAGCACCAGGCACAGCAAGGGCUGCAACAGCACCAGCGCUACCGAGACGUGCCUGACGAGCAGCUGAGCGAGAAGCACGAAGAAUACUGA